ACAGCUGUCAAAGGCACAGCUAGACCCAGCUGAGCUGUGUCUUCAACCAAUAGAUCGCGCUGUGAUUCUUCACCUGGGGGCAACGUAGCCGCUCAGUUCUCAGGUCUGGCUCUCCCAACCCCUGAAAGCAUCUAGAGAAGAUUGGCCGCAGUGAGGUGGGCAGCUGCGAACCAGGCCAUUGAGCCCUCUAUUUAAAGCUCCCAGAAGCUCCGCGGAGCGGUGACAACGCAGACGAGGGUCGGGUAUUUCGACCUAUUCAGCACGAAGGAACAUGGCAGAGAAAGGGCCAAUACCUAAAUACCUUCUCGUCCCGAUUCUGCUCUUGAUCGGCUGGAUUGUUGGAUGUGUAGUGAUGGUAUAUGUUAUCUUCUCCUGAUAGAAGAAAGAAGUAUUCAGACAGGCUUCAGUUGGAAGAGCCCAGAAAAUAAAUGAAAAUGACUGAUCAUUAAAAGUUCCUGCCAAUAUUA